AUGGAGAAAUACCGUACCAGGAUGGCAAAAGCUGGUAGCAGUGAAGGUCUUGCUCCAGCUGUGAUUAUUACUCCUAUUACCUUUCAAGAGCCACAUGCUGGGACAAUGCUGAAGGAUGGCCUGGGUGACCAAGGGAAUGUAUUUGGCCUAAUGCAGUACCAAAAGAUUGGCAUGCCACGGGACACCGAAGAGCACUUAGCACAAGACACAGAGAUUUUAUACAGGAUGAUAAUCCAGAAAAAAUCCCCAGCUUGGACAAAGGAUGGGAUCCCAGCCUAUAAUGCAGGAGUUAACACUGUCCAGAGCUAUGACAAAAUGGAUGUUGGCAAAACACACAACUAUGCCAAUGAUGGGGAUGCAAGAGCCAGGUUUUGUAAGAGAAAUGGAUACUGA